GAUAAAGUAUCCAAAAAAAGGAGUGUUAUUUAAAAUGCACUCACAUCUUAGCCUUACCCAACUGCCCCUCCCUUAUCCUUCUUCCCUCCAAAACCACCCUCCACCAACCGCCACCGCCACAGCCACAAAACCCUGUUCUCCUUCCCAAUGGAUCGACCUUCUCCGCUCCCAAGCCCAAUCCUCCACCACCUUCCGCCAAGCCAUCUCCACCUACGCCGCCAUGCUCGCCGCCGCCGCUCCCCCAGACAACUUUGCCUUCCCCGCCGUCCUCAAAGCCGCCGCCGGCGUCCAUGACCUCAACCUCGGGAAGCAGCUCCACGCGCACGUCUUCAAGUUCGGCCACGCUUCCUCCUCCGUCGCCGUCGCCAACUCCCUCGUCAACAUGUACGGCAAAUGCGGCGAUCUCGACGGGGCUUGCCACGUGUUCGACAGAAUCUCUGAACGAGACGACGUGUCGUGGAACUCCAUGAUAGCCACCCUGUGUCGCUUCGGGGAGUGGGACCUGUCCCUGAAGUUGUUUCGGUUAAUGCUGUCUGAAAAUGUGGACCCCACUUCGUUCACUUUGGUAAGUGUGGCACACGCGUGUUCGCACGUGCGUGGCGGCGUGCGGCUCGGGAAGCAAGUGCACGCGUACGCUUUGAGGAAUGGUGAUUGGAGAUCAUACACCAACAAUGCUUUGGUGACUAUGUAUGCAAAAUUGGGGAGAGUUGAGGAUGCGAAGGCAUUGUUUGGUGUGUUUGAUGCUAGAGACAUUGUGUCUUGGAACACUCUUAUUAGUUCUCUUUCUCAAAAUGAUAGGUUUGAGGAAGCGUUGUUGUAUUUACACCUUAUGGUUGUUGAUGGGGUUAGGCCAGAUGGGGUUACAUUGGCAAGUGUUCUACCUGCUUGCUCUCAAUUGGAGAUGUUGAGGAUUGGGAAGGAAAUACAUUGCUAUGCUUUGAGGAAUGAGUUUUUGAUUGAAAACUCGUUUGUUGGUAGUGCUUUGGUUGACAUGUAUUGUAACUGCAAGCAGGCUGAAAAGGGUAGGUUGGUUUUUGAUGGGGUCUUGAGGAGGACGAUGGCGGUUUGGAAUGCUAUGCUUGCAGGUUAUGCACGGAAUGAGUAUGAUGAUCAAGCCAUGAUGCUCUUUGUUGAGAUGGUUUGUGAUUUGGAGUUUUGUCCCAAUGCCACCACAUUGUCGAGUGUUUUGCCUGCUUGUGUGCGUUGUAAGGCAUUUUUGGACAGAGAAGGGAUCCAUGGUUACAUCGUGAAGAGGGGCUUGGAGAAGGAUAAGUAUGUGCAAAAUGCACUAAUGGACAUGUAUUCUAGAAUGGGAAGGAUUGAAAUUUCAAAGAGGAUAUUUGGGGGCAUGGACAGAAGAGAUAUAGUGUCUUGGAAUACGAUGAUCACUGGCUGUGUUGUCUGUGGGCGUCAUGAUGAUGCACUUAAUCUUCUGCAUGAUAUGCAAAAAGGUCAAGGAAAAGAUAGGAGUAACACAUUUGGUGAUUAUGAGGAUGAUGAAUGCAUUCCCCUUAAGCCUAAUUCAGUGACUCUAAUGACUGUGCUUCCAGGUUGUGCUGCCCUGGCAGCAUUAGGUAAAGGGAAAGAGAUUCAUGCUUACGCUGUUAAAAAAAUGCUGGCAACUGAUGUUGCUGUGGGAAGUGCAUUAGUUGACAUGUAUGCAAAAUGUGGUUGCCUAAACAUAGCUAGGAUAGUCUUUGAUCAAAUGCCUGUAAGAAAUGUUAUUACCUGGAAUGUUAUUAUCAUGGCUUAUGGGAUGCAUGGGAAAGGGGAAGAGGCUUUGGAGCUUUUUAAAAGAAUGACAGCUGAAGAAGAUGGCAAUAGGGAAGUAAUAAGGCCCAAUGAAGUGACCUAUAUUGCCAUUUUUGCUGCUUGUAGUCACUCUGGGAUGGUGGAUGAAGGCCUUGAUUUAUUCCAUACCAUGAAAGAUAACCAUGGGAUUGAACCCACCCCUGACCUUUAUGCUUGUCUUGUAGACUUGCUUGGCCGUUCUGGUCAGAUCGAAGAGGCAUAUAAAUUGAUCAAUACAAUGCCAUCCAAUAUGAACAAAGCAGAUGCAUGGAGUAGCUUGCUUGGUGCAUGUAGGAUCCACCAGAAUUUAGAAAUUGGUGAAAUUGCGGCAAUGCACUUGUUUGUCUUGGAGCCAAAUGUGGCUAGCCAUUAUGUUCUAUUAUCUAACAUGUACUCCUCAGCUGGACUUUGGGACCAGGCAAUGGAUGUACGAAAGAAAAUGAAGGAAAUGGGAGUGAGAAAAGAACCUGGUUGUAGCUGGAUUGAGCAUCGUGAUGAGGUUCAUAAGUUCUUGGCAGGGGAUGACUCACAUCCCCAAAGCAAAGAACUCCACGAAUAUCUUGAAACUUUGUCCCAAAGAAUGAGAAAGGAGGGUUAUAUACCGGACACUUCUUGUGUCCUUCACAAUGUUAAUGAUGAAGAGAAAGAAACGAUGCUCUGCGGGCAUAGUGAGAGGCUGGCAAUAGCUUUUGGCCUUUUAAAUACGCCUCCUGGAACUACCAUCAUAGUUGCCAAAAACCUUCGAGUUUGCAAUGAUUGCCAUGUUGCCACUAAAAUCAUAUCAAAGAUUAUGGACAGGGAAAUCAUUCUUAGAGAUGUUAGAAGGUUCCAUCAUUUCAGAAAUGGAAAUUGCUCUUGUGGGGAUUAUUGGUAAAAAAUGAAUAGUAAAAAAUUGAUUCUUUCUAAUUAAUUCAUCUCAACCUCCUCCUUCUCUCCCUCUGUUUUUUCUUCCUCUCAACUCCCAUUUUCCCUCUCCUUCAUGGGCGAGAAGUUCAGUUGAGAUCAUGUAUCAUUGCAACUGGAUAGUUACAUAAUUUGGAUAGCUAACAAUUUGGAAAGAAAUUCAACGUUGUAUCUGCUGAAUCCCUGAUGUUGUCUUUCGUAUGACACAUUAACAUCAGUACCUCAUAUCUGAAAUAAUCUAUAACAAUUUUGCUUACAUCCUUUACUCCACAAAUUUUUUAGGUGGCCCUAAGUUGGUUAGAAUAAAUAGUUUGUUUGUAGAUUAAUUACUUAGAGUCAGUUAGUUGAGUGGGGACAAUUAGAAGAGAUAAGCAUGUUCCCCAUAAAUAGGAAGAGAGGACUGAGGAGGAAGAUAUCUUGUGAAUUGAAAGAGGAUUGGGGUCCUUAGGCAUUGGGAGAGAACAAGGUCUCUCGAAUACCUGGAUUGUACUGGAGUUUGGUAUAAUAAAGAUAAUCUUUCCUCAAUAUCCGAUAGAGUUUCUAUCAGAACUAUGCAGUACUUUGCUUUUUGGAACAGAACGUUCCGCUGUGUUCAGUUAUAACACUAAAAUUGGUGUAUGUUUCCGCUUGAAUAGUUCCAUUAAUUAUCGAAUUGAAGUGAGUCACUUUUUUAAUUAUGUCAUGUUCAAUUAUCUUUUCUAAAAUACAUCAAUCAUAAAACAAAAUUCAUGUUACAUUGUGUUUGGUUUUAAUUUGUUUAUAGGACACUACCUUCGAGUUUUUCGCUUAUAUUUUUUGUAUAAUUUUUUUCAGGUUCGCGUGUUUACUUUCACAAAAAAUAAUAAAAAAUUGUCAUUUGAUUUCACAUCAAAUUUAGGGCUUUAUAUUUUUACUUUCAUGGAAGGAAAACGGAUUUAUGUUGUCUUUUUCCAAUUGAACUGUCUGAGUCAAGGUUAAACCAUUGAAUUGAUAUCUCAGGCCUCUGACCAGAUUCAUUUCCAGUCUGGAUUGGGGGGGGGGGGGGGGGGAAUGUAAACCAUAACAAAUGAAUGACAUGCAGUCCAUGGAUAAACAUUAUUUUUAGUGACACAGAUUACAGUUAUACAGCAAAGUGACAAAAUUUUCCUGACUAUUCUUCAGUUAGAAGAUUGGGAUCAAAACAGUAUUUUCUCUUGAUACAUCUCCAAUGCUUGGAUGAUUUUUUCAAUGAACAAUUUCCUGUGCAAUCUAUACCUGCACAUGU